AUGUUGUGUUAUAGCUUCAGGUACGUUUUGGUUUUGGCAGCUUGCCAGGCUUUGCCGCUGAUAUCCUUGGAGCAGUCAAAUGAAGUUGAGGAUGCAACGCUCAUAGAUUUGACUGAGUUGGGUAUUGAAAUGUUUGGCAGACCAGAUGAAGUGUUGACUGCUGCUCGAGUGGCUAAUUAUAAUGCUGAUAGUGAUGCUGUAAAUCCUGAAGAGUUGGGCAGUUAUCUAGAGGGUGAUAUACUAGUGCCGAAUAUAACCAUGAAGAACGGACUGAUUGCGCAGUCGUCACGCUGGCCCUAUGGGGUAGUGCCCUGCGAAAUACGUGGCAACUUCACCAGAGCAGAGCUGCAAAUCCUUCAAUAUGCCAUUGAGCAGUAUCAUACACGCACCUGCAUUCGCUUUGUGCCAUAUACCGGUCAAACUGACUACAUAUCCAUAGUAAGUGGCAAUUCGGGCUGUUGGUCUUCGGUGGGACGUGUGGGUGGUAAGCAGGAGGUCAAUCUGCAGUCACCUGGCUGCCUGCGACGUCCUGGCACUGCCAUUCACGAGCUAAUGCAUGCGCUGGGCUUUCUGCAUGAGCAGAAUCGUCAGGAGCGCGAUGACUAUGUGGCCAUUCAGUAUCAAAAUAUACGCACAGCUCAUGUCAAAAAUUUCCGUAAAGCGUCCAGAACUGAAGCAUUUGGCGUGCCCUAUGAUUACGGCAGUGUUAUGCAUUACUCGGGCAAUGCUUUCUCCAACAAUGGAGAAGCAACAAUAGUGCCAAGACAAACAAAUCUUGGCGUGCGCAUGGGUCAACGCAAAGGCUUUUCUAAUUUAGACAUAAUCAAGCUGAAUCGCAUGUAUGACUGCUAA